AUGUGGAACUUGAUUUGUUGCUUUUUUUUUGUUGCGAUGGCCACUACAGCCGUAGCGACGGCUGUUUCAGCAAUGACUGUCACAUCUGAUGAGGAUUAUUUGGCCCAAUACACCUUUGAGAAGUACAUUGCUGACUUUGGGAAGCGGUAUGCCGACCCUGAGGAGCAUCGCAAGCGGGCCGCCAUCUUCAAAGAAAACCUGGCGAAGGUCCGAGCAUUUAAUGGCGCCUUGGGCCGCUCAUACCGACUGGGUAUUAAUAAAUUUAGUGACAUGACAAAGGAGGAGUUUAAUGCAAAGUUUAAUGGUCGUGUUGCUGCUCCCCAAUCCACCCAGUCGCCGCAGAGGGCUCCCUACAAGCGCACGAAGGCGACUUUUCCAGAGGCCCUGAAUUGGCAAGAAGCCAAAAAUCCUGUCCUUACCCCCGUUAAGGACCAAGGGUCUUGUGGUUCAUGCUGGGCACAUGCGGCGACUGAAUCAGUUGAGAGCAUGUACGCCAUUUCCUCAGGAAAAUUACUGACACUAAGCACACAGCAAAUUACAUCUUGUGUAAAUAAUACGCGGAAAUGUGGCGGUUCGGGUGGCUGUGGGGGCGGCACGGCGCAGUUGGCGUGGGAAUACAUUAUGAAUACCGGCGGCAUUACACUUGAUGCGGAAUAUCCGUAUGUGAGUGGAGAGACUUCCGUAACAGGGCGUUGUGUAUUGAAUAGGAGUAUGCCGCGUGUGGUAAACGUUUACGGCUACGCUUCGCUUCCACACAACGACUACGAGGCUGUAAUAGAGGCUCUCGUCCAAAAGGGUCCUCUUGCUGUAAGUGUUGCUGCCAGUGAUUGGAUGUUUUACACGGGUGGUGUGUUUGAUGGCUGCGGUAAGGACGGCGAGAAUAUCACCAUAAGCCACGCCGUGCAACUUGUUGGUUACGGAACGGACAACAAAACAAAUCAGGAUUACUGGGUUGUGCGCAACUCCUGGGGUGAAGGUUGGGGCGAGAAUGGUUUUAUUCGGCUCCUGCGUAAAAAACACAACGAACUGUGUGUCUUCAACAACGCUUGGAAUACGGCAGGCGGUGGUUGUGCCGAUGACCCAAACAUCACCAUUGUUGCUUGCGGCAUGUGCGGUAUCUUGUACGACGUGGCAUAUCCUGUUGUGACGAAGCCGCCCGGUCGGGGCAGGUUCUUGUGGGCUGCCGGGACAGCAUUUGGAGGCCUUUGCGUUGUAAUGAUUCUUUUGGUGAUUUUGUCGAGGUACCGCGGGACUACCCCAAAAGUUUACGAGGUUUUUCGUGAAGAAUCGGAGACCCUUAAUUGA